AUGGCUUCCUUAAACACCCUAGUUCUGCUCCUUGCAGCUCUUGUUCUGUCCCCUCAAGUGCUUGCUAACUACGAAAAACCUUACAAGCCUCCAGUGCAAAAGCCACCUGUGUACAAGCCCCCAGUAGAAAAACCACCAGUUUACAAGCCACCAGCAGAAAAACCACCGGUUUAUAAGCCACCAGUUCACAAGCCCCCAGUUGAGGAGGAAAAACCAGUUCAGAAACCACCAGUCCACAAGCCACCGUAUGGGAAGCCACCAGUGCUUGAGUCACAAUACGAGAAACCACCUGUUUAUAAGUCCCCACCAGUUCACAAGCCUCCCGUAGAGAAACCACCAGUUUACAAGCCACCGGUUGAGCAACCACCGGUUCACAAGCCACCAUAUGGAAAACCACCCGUGCAUGAAUCUCAAUAUAAACCUCCUAUUCAUAAGUCCCCACCAGUUUACAAGCCACCACACCCUAAGUACCCUCCUGUUUCCAACUGA